AGCGUUAACGUGGACGGUCUUUGAAAACGGAAACUCUCUAUAAAAAAAUUUUAACAAACAUUUUCGAAUUUUAUUGGUUUAAUAAAUCCAAGACGGUGAACUACUACUGAGUGAAACGUUUAUUCAGCAGAAAAUUUAAAAAAAAACACAUAAUAGUGUCACAAACCUGUAUUGAAAACGACAAAAAAACAAAUAAAUAUUGUCAAGAAAAUAAUAAAAAAAAUAUUUGCACAUAGAAAAGUAUUGAAAGAAAAUUAAAAAAAAUUGAAUUCAAAAACUAAAAAGGAAGUUUUAAAGAAAGUGGCCAGUAGCUAACUGUGGUCAAGUGGAGACAACAAUACGGACGCAUUUCUGUUAUUUUUUACAUUUUGUUUUAAAUUUAUUGCUUUUUUGGUCCAACAACUUAAAGUGAACAACAACGAAUUAGAAAAAGAAAGCGGCCACAGAAAUUGUAUUGUUGUUUUAGAUAAAAAGGAAUACAAAAACCUACGAGAAAAGUAAGAAUUUUUUUAAAUAAAACAAAAAUAUUUUAAAUUAUACAGAAACAAGUGUUUGAAGAUAGAAAUUAUUCAAACAGAAGGCGAAGAAGUGCAAUAUUUUUGGUUUAACAACAAAUUAAAAUUUUAAGAUAAAAGAAAAUUUAAAUUUAUAAAAAAUAAAAUAAAAGUGUUUUCAAGUAAAUAUCAAAAAAAAGGAAUAUAAUCAAAAUAAAAAGUGUAAAUUGUGGCAAAAGUUUUAUUAAUUAAUUUUUGUUGAGUUUUAAUAUUUUUAUUAUUAUUUAUAUACAAAUAAGUGUUAAAGAGUGUUUUUAAUGUUUUAUUAAACCUCAUUGGUAAUUAGCAAAAAUUGUUUAAUAUUUUUGUGUAUUAAGAAAAACGCUUUAAGCGUUUUUUUGUGUGCUUAAGCCAAACAUGGAUCCGCCUAUUGGCAAUGGAUUCCGGCUGCAACUACAACAACAACCAAAAUUAAUCAAAUCAAACACAAAAUCUUUGCCAUCAACAAUGUCAACAAGUAAAUGUAAAAAAUUAUUAAAAAUUCAUAACAACAACAAAAAAGUGUCAUCAAUAACCACCCGCUCUAAUAAUGUCUGCAAAACAACUUUAGCAGCUACAACAUCAACAACGUCAUCAUCAUCACCGUCAUGGCUAAGACCACAAACGAGGCCAGAACACAGCAGCAACAGCAAUCGUCUUCUCAGCUGUAAUUUAAGUUUUAUUGUUUGUUUCUUAGCCGUGGUUAUUUUAAAUAAUUUUGCCUGUUUUAUACCAACAACACAAGCAACCGCCUCCGCCCAACGUGAAAAUACCCGUAUUCUACCAUUACAAUCAGGUAAGUGAAAAUAACAACAACAACGAACAAUUCCUUAAUGUCUUCAUAUAAAAGUUUUUUUUUAUUGUUUGUUUUCAAUAAAAAAAAGUAGCAAACGAACAAAACUUUUCCUUUUCAUAUUUUUAAAAGCUAACAGUCAUGAACAGUGGGGACAUUUUAUGUAAAAGUAGAAAGAAUUAUGCCAUUUCAUAGAUCGCUAUCGGUGCAGUUGUGCUCUUCUUUUCAUAGAAAAUUCAUCAGAAAAUCUGUUUCCUGGAUUUACACAAUUUUCUAAUCAGUACGUCUGAGUGAUAUAAUAUCUUUAUUAACAGCGAUUCUCUGAUAUUUGGAUAUAAUUUCGAUGAAAGUCUGGCAUUGACAGAGAUCUCUGAUCCGUUCGUCCAAUUUUUAUACCCUACA